CUCUAGUAGCUCAGAAGCUACUAGUAGUAAAGAUGAAAGUGAGGUGGAAGAUAAAUCGAUUAAAAAAAGAAGAGAUAGAUCAGUUAGUAAGAGAAAAGGUAGAUUAGAUAUUAAAGAUAGUGCACAAGUAGAAGCACAAGUAGAAGCACUAGCAGGUCUAAUAGCAGUAGCAGCAGUUCAA